UUAAAUACUGAUUUGACAGAUGAGCUUUUUUUAAGGAGUGGGGAAGAAAAAAAGAAAACAGACACCAAGAACCUAUUCUACCAAACCUCAGACCGCACUGCUUCAUGAGCAGUAAGAUUUAGAAAGAUCAAUUGCAGCAAAAUGGCAAUGUUGGCACGAAUAUUUUUUUCAUUUAUACUUGUUUCAUGGGUAUUCUCGAGCACUAUAAAGAAAAGCAUCUGGAGACCUUCAGACAAAGAAGAAUUAACUUCUAAAGUGCUUAGAGAGGAUUCCUUAAACACUGGAGAAGCACUUCACAAGCUGAAAAGACAAAAGAAAGCAGUGAAUGAAUCAAUAGAUACUGGAGGUGCAGCACGUGGCCCAGGAACAGAACCAGAAUUACCAACUUGCCUUCUGUGUGUAUGCUUGAGUGGAUCAGUGUACUGUGAAGAGGUUUCACCAUCUAUUGACAGAGUUCCAGCACUGCCAAAGGAGACAGCCUAUUUAUAUGCCAGAUUUAACAAGAUAAAAAAAAUUGAAGUAAAAGACUUCAGUGAUAUUCCUACAUUAAAGAGAAUUGAUCUUAGUGGAAACUUGAUAGAAGAAAUAGAAGAUGGUGCAUUCUCAAAGCUUCCCCUACUUGAAGAAUUAUCCUUGGCUGAAAACAGACUGGUCAAGAUCCCUGCUCUGCCAGCAAAGUUGACCUCUCUUAACAUGAAUCAUAACAGGAUUAAAAAUAAGGGCAUCAAAGCAAAUGUUUUCAAGAAACUGAACAACCUCUCAUACCUUUAUUUAGCCAACAAUGAACUUGAAAGUGUACCCUCUUUUCUUCCGGAAACCCUACGCAUUCUACAUUUUCAGAACAACAACAUAACUGCAGUCUCUGAUGAAACUUUCUGCAAAUCUAACACCACCCAUUACAUUCGAGACAAACUGGAUGAGAUCAGGUUAGAAGGAAAUCCAGUCCUAUUGGCCAAGUACCCUAACAGCUUCACCUGCCUGAAAAAUCUGCCGAUUGGGAGAUAUAUCUGAACCAGACAAAACACAUGCAUUUGAUGUUUUAGCUUUUGAUGUACACUAUGAUGCAUUAAAAACAAAAGUAGAGAGGAAAAUUAAAUCAGCAACAUGCUCUUUAAAAAGUUUAUAUUUCCUUACUCCAUUUUGAGGUUCUGUAUGUAUAAUGUGUUUUGACUGCUGAUCAGAGCCACUUUAGUUGAGUGCCAAACAAACUCGUGAUCACUUUUUAUAUAAUUUUAGAUGUAAUUCUUGAGAGAGGAACUGAAAUAAACACCAGUGACUCUUGUUUAACUGUAAUUACUGGUAAUUAUGGUUAUUAGUAUAUAAUUUCUAAACCCUAUUUAUCGACAUAUGCCUGGAAACUAGGAUAGCAAAUAAUGUUAUUCCUUUUGAGCAAGAAACUAAAAGUUGCAAUGAAGCUUUCUAAGAACCUGUAUUUCUAUGGAAAAACCAUUUCUACCAAGCCUGAUACAUUUACAUUUAAUAAAUUCAAAUACAAAAUACCACAGAAAUGGCCAUUCCAAGAAAACAUAACAGGAUACAUAGACUUGUUUUACAAAAGGAAAAUGAAACAUAUUUGCUUAACGCUGCACACAGAAUAAAACAGUCGAUCUGAAGACAGCAUUUGUAAGGUUAAAUAUCAUCCCACCAUUAAGAGACAAUUUUGCUAAAGUGAAACAAGAAAUGUUCAGCUUAAUCAGUAUGUCUGUAUAAGGGCUCUCUGCAUGAAGUCUUCAAAAUAGUUUACACUGCUUAUGACAUCAUAAAUAUUGUAUUUAAAUUAAUUUAGCAUUUAACUACAACAUAUAAUGCUAGGUUGUUAGUGAUUUUCAGCUGUAGUUUUGGUUGUUACUAACAUUUGUUAAAAAUACAUCUUUAAAUAAAUAAAUAUUUUUAAAAGGUU